AAACUGCGCUGCGGCUGCAUGGCGGCCAGCGGGUAUAAUAUCACCGUCAGUGCGCGACCACCGUCAGUGAGCCUGGGACGCCGAGAGCGAAGACGCAAAACGAAGAUGAAGGGACGAAUUUUCCUCCUUAUGCAGCUGCUGCACUUGGUUGUCUCCCUCAAAACGGAUUGUCCUCGGCCAUGCAUCACGCUGGACGCCUGCCCAGAGCUGUUAGCGCUGUUACGAACUGCCAACAUUAAAGUUGUACAGGAGGCUACGUGUUCCUUUCAAGGUUUCGAACCCCUGGUUUGUUGUCCAGAAUCCUCGACACCCACCCCCACGCCCACACCCACACCAGUCGUUUCCAGCCUACUGCCCGAGGUCUGUGGUCACUUUGCCCAGGACGAGAGGAUUCACGGAGGCAAUAAGACACGCCUCGGGAACUACCCCUGGAUGGCUGCUCUCGGCUACAAGAAUGCCUUUACCAACAAAGUUGACUUCCUGUGUGGCGGGUCUGUGAUCAACGAGCGUUACGUGCUCACGGCGGCUCACUGUGUGUCCUCCAAGCAGCCGGACGUCAUCCGGCUGGGAGAGUGGGACCUGUCCACUGAUUUGGAUUGCGAGACCACCGACACGGGUUUCGAGUUCUGUGCUCCUGAACCAGCACAGGACUUCAUAUACGAGGAGAUCGUGAGCCACCCAGACUACAACUCCCGUGGUCAAGUGUCAGACGACAUCGCUCUCAUUAGACUCACCACGCCUGUCGACUUUAGGCGAAACCGGUGGAUUCAGCCAGUGUGCAUGCCAGGGCAAGACUUCGACGUGCGGGCGACCGUGGACCAGAGGAACGCGGUGGUGUCUGGCUGGGGCUUCACGGAGAAUGGAACUGUUAGCGACGUGCUGCUGCAGGUGUACCUCCCCAUGGUGGACAUCGACAGCUGCAAUACUACCUACAAGGGCAGAGAAUGACUGUACUUUGUCUUGCUUACCCAGGUGUGUUUUGGGGGAGUUAAGGGCAAGGACUCCUGUGGCGGUGACUCUGGAGGCCCGUUGGUGAUCUCUGCCUCCGACGCCCCGCCCUUCACGCUGAUCGGCAUCGUCUCCUACGGGCCGAGGGACUGUGGUAGGGAGGGGGUGCCCGGCGUGUACACCUCCGUGGCCAAGUACAGGAACUGGGUUGAGCAGACCCUGAGGGAAUAGUGGGGGAGACCAGGAUGUAAGGAGAGGAAUACAUUACAUGGUUAGGAUACGCAGUGUGAGUUUUUGGCUUGAGUUUAUGCAGGAUGUUAUUUUCACCAUCACCAUAUUAUCAACAGUAUUAUUAUUAUUAUUAUUAUUAUUAUUAUUAUUAUUAUUAUUAUUAUUAUUAUUAUUAUUAUUAUUAUUAUUGGCAUCAUUAUUUACGAUAAUUUUAAUUAUGCGUACAUAUUCCUUUGAUCUCGUCUCAGUACUAUAAUUAAUGUACGUGUGAUCACAGUGCCGUGCUGUACUGUAGAGUAGCAUUCUUUGGCACUUCGAAAAGAUUGCUGUGAUUGGCAACAAGUUACUUGACAAGAAUUUGGUGCACUGAAGGAUGCAGCCCAGCCAGCAUCUGCCUCGGCUGGACAGUGUGAAAUCACCAUGGAAACAGGUUUGCACAUAACUUAAUACUUUGGUUAGGGUGAGGCAGUACAAUGUUACACGAAACGGUGAGUUACGUGGUUUUUUUUUUUGCAAGACUUAGAUGCUGCAUAGUUGUGGCGAAGAGAAAAACGCUUCCAAGGCUGCGUUAUGUCCAAUGAUACCCUGGGUGGUGAUGGUGGCGGUCAGGUGGUGGGCUGUACUAGUCACCCGUGUGGGGGACCUUUUAUCUUGCCGCUGUCACACACACGUGGACGGACCUCCUCCCACUUCAGCCAGGCGUUCCCACUUCCCCUCACCGCUAACUCGCAUCCAAUUGAAUCACAUUGGAAACACGUGGUCAACAAGCAGCAAACUACAAUAUAAUUAGUCUCCCACUGUGAUAACAUUGCUCAUUAGUCAUUAAUGUUCAUCCAUCUGUCUGUCCGUCCGCAACAUAUCAAAGUUUUCGACUAAUUUGUAUGAAAUUUUAAAGGAAACUUACGUCGUAAACCUUGAGUCAGGGGACAACAAAUUUAAAGGCGGAUCCGGAUAUUAAAACCAGUUUUCUUGUUCCUAUUCCCCCCCUGCUCUCUCUCUCUCUCUCUCUCUCUCUCUCUCUCUCUCUCUCUCUCUCUCUCUCUCUCUCUCUCUCUCUCUCUCUCUCUCUCUCCAGAUUUUCCAGCGGUAUGCGUCCACUGAGGGCGUGCUACAUUUCAUAUAUGUUUAGUAAGAAAAUUUGCUACAUUUUUAUAUGGUGCUUGGUGAGAUAGACGCUCCUUGAGUGUCUCCCGGCUACUUGUGCUGUCUUCAUUUGUGGCGGAAUAUCUUCAAAGAAUAUUUCGAUUUUUCACCGGCCAUGUAUAGACAUUUCAUGUAAGGUAUGAAUAGAAAAAUAUGAUAAUGUCUCUGUCAUUACGUCAGUUAUAAAUGUUCAACAGAGGAAAAUAAAAUUUGCUACUAACAUGUUU